AUGGCACCGCGCAGAGAUCUUCGUUCUAACCACAAUUCGGUGAAAUUAUCAAAGAAAAACGUGAAGAAUUGGUACGAAAACUAUUUAGAAUGGGAGAAACUGGUUUCCUUAUUCACAGAUCCAAGGAAAUUACUUCUAAUUGGAAAGGUAUUCAUUAUCCUGGAAAUUAUUCUGAACAUAUUGGUUAUCGAACGAGUACCAUACACAGAAAUCGACUGGAAAGCGUAUAUGCAAGAAGUUGAGGGUUUUUUGAAUGGAACUCUGGACUAUUCGAAACUGAGAGGUGACACUGGACCACUAGUCUACCCAGCAGGAUUUGUUUAUGCAUUUUCCGCGCUGUACUACAUCACGGGGCAUGGAGCAAAGAUAAAAAUAGCGCAGUACAUCUUUGCAGCUCUUUAUAUAAUUCUGCUCGUAUUAGUCUUUCGAAUUUACUCAAAAACCAAAAAAGUUCCACCUUAUGUUCUGAUCAUUUUGUGUUUUACAUCUUAUCGUGUUCAUUCUAUAUUCACUUUAAGGCUUUUCAAUGAUCCAGUUGCAAUGGUUCUUUUAUUUGCAAGCCUCAACGCAUUUUUAGACGAACACUGGCAUUUAGGAAGUAUUCUUUACAGUUUAGCUGUCUCUAUAAAAAUGAACAUUUUAUUAUUUGCACCAGUGCUUCUUAUUGCUUACUUGUGCAACCUAGGAUUUAUGAAGACAGUAUUUCAUUUGAUCAUUUGUGGCUCAAUUCAAUUAAUAUUAGGUCUACCUUUUAUAAUCAAUAAUCCUUUGGCCUAUAUUAAAGGUUCUUUCGAUUUCGGUAGAGUUUUUGAAUUUAAAUGGACUGUAAAUUGGAGGUUUCUGCCAGAACAUGUUUUUGUUCAUCCAUAUUUUCAUGCAUCCUUGUUGGCACUACAUAUAUUGACUUUAAUUUAUUGCACACCAAAGUGGAUAAAAUACAUGAAAUCAUAUGCAAACUUGAAACACGUGGAGAAAAGUUUACAGCCUCAGUUGAAAAAGAAAGAAAAAAUAGAUAUGACUACUAUGAGUCAGCUGUUUGUUUUCCCAAUGUUUGCUGCCAAUUUUAUUGGCAUUGCAUUUAGCAGAUCACUGCAUUAUCAGUUUUACAUAUGGUAUUACCAUACACUUCCUUACAUUGCAUGGUGUACAGAUUAUAAGACUGUUAUUAAGCUAACCAUUUUGGGCAUAAUAGAAUUAUGCUGGAAUACUUAUCCAAGCACUGUUUUUAGUAGUGUUUCUUUACACAUAUGCCAUUUAAUAUUAUUAUAUGGGAUUAUUAAAGACAAAUCCAGCAAUGAGAAAGAGAAAUAA